UCCACGGUCCGAUUCUACUCCACGCGCCACGUAGUCUCGUGUUCAGACUACCACUGGUCCUGGCGAAUUCCCCAUCCGAACCCCGACUCCGGCCGCCAUGAACUGCGUCCCCACCUUCUCCCGCCGCCACCGCCGCUGGAUCGUCUGUGCGGGCGCUGCUGGUGGUGCUUACCUGAUCUACCACCACCCAGCCGUCGCCGCCCGCCGCCGCCGCAUCUCCCGCAUGGCCUCGGCUCUCUCGUCCCUGGCCGAUGCCGUCGCCGCCGUCGCCUCCGACCUCGCGUCCUUUCUCCAAUCAGACUCGGACUCACUGCCUACCACUCUCACGCAACUAUCCAAGCUCGCCUCCUCCCACGAGGCUACCGCCUCCGCCUCCGCGCUCUCCGGGGCCCUCACCGCCGGCGUGCUCCGCGGCUACGCCUCCGCCACCAGUCCAGCUUCCGGAGGCGAGGUAGCGUUUUCGGAUCGUCUUGUUGAGAAGCUGUUCUCCCCAGCCGGCGAGCGGCUCGUCUCAGCCGUGGCGGGCAGCUUCGGGCGCGACAUCGUGCUCGCCUGUUAUUCUGUCCCAGCCGAUCCUUCAGGAUCGGCGGGAUCAUCGCCGGCGAGCUGGGUAGACGUGGUCACCAGUGGGAGUUGCCGUAGGGCGAUCCGAAGCUGGGUGGAGGUCUUCACGGCCACCGCCGUGGGCGUCUUCAUUGACAAGACCAUCCACAUCAACACCUACGAUCAGAUCUGCGCCGCUGCCACAAACCCGGCCUACGACUCCAAGCUGCAAAAGCUUCUGGUGGCACUCUGCAGUGCUUCCGUCGAGACGUUGGUGAAGACCUCCCACGGCGUACUCUCCAAUGGCAAUGGAAAUGCUCACAGUGGCAAUGGUGAGGUUGGGGAAGGAUGGACAGAAACGGUCUCGAGUGCGCUUGCUGUUCCAAGCAACCGGAAGCUUGUUCUGGAUCUGACGGGCAGGGCGACAUUCGAGGCCGUGCGGUCUUUCCUUGAGUUUGUGCUGUGGAGGCUGCAUGAUGCUGCAAGGGCUGGCGGCGAUGCCACAGCGAGGGCUGGAUUGUGUGUCUUGAGGUAUAUGAGCGAAAGGUCCAUGGUUGUCGCUGCAAUCUGCAUAGUAUUGUGCUUGCAUGUGUUGAACCGCACAUGGCUCUCGGCACCGGCUUGAGCUCGAGCUUUACUUGAGUAGAGAAUAUACUGAAACUGAAGUUCAGAAAGGGGGAGGGGCAACAGAAACAAUAUGUUUGAUCACUUGUAAAUAUAUUUGUUGUGUAACAAUUUGACCCUGCAUACAGUUUAUAGAAAUUUCUGGCAGUGUAACUUUGCCUGCUUAUUUCUAAUUCUGUUGGUCAGUUAUAUUUCCACUGUGUAAAUAUGUGAUUGUAGUGAGAUGGUGAUUCUA